UUCACAACUUUCGCAGAGUUCUCCGUGAAUUCGGGGAGGUUGAUUCCGAAUGAAAAAAGUUUUCAGAGCGAGUGCUCAAUGUCCAGCUCUGAUGUGGCUGCGUUUAUUAUCAGCGGUAUAUCCGACGAAACGGAAGAGUCAUCCACAAAAAUGCCGCGAUUCCACCGUGGUCGACGUUGUUUUGUCAAAUCCUGCAUGAACUACCAGCGUGAUCUGAGUAGGGAACCAGGAGAAAUCCGCUUUUACUCUGUUCCCGAUGAUCCCGAGGCAAGGGAAGUGUACAAAAGCCUGUGCAGCCGCACUGGGGAAGUCGCCAAAUGCUCCGUGAUAUGUUCGCAGCAUUUCACAGAAAACGAUUUAACAAAAUCUGGGCAUUUAAAAAGGAACGCGCUGCCCAGUCUGAAUCUUAUUACUGAAUUAUGGGAUGUGGACAAGCCGGUACGAAUUGGAAAGAAAUGGAAAGGAAACCUGUGCGCCGUGCAGGGCUGCCGCAGUUACACGGGAGAGCGGCAAAUUAUGAAUCUCCACUUUUUCUACUGCCCCCAGAAAUCCUUGUCCGAGCAGUCGGAUGAAGCGAUGGACUUGUAUAACAAGUGGUUCAUGGCCUGUGGUCGGAAUGACAUUGACCAGUUUUCCAAGUAUCACCGCGUCUGCUCGCUGCAUUUCGAGCCGGAUGACAUCGAUCUCGAUACAAACCGCGCCAAAUUACGGCCAACUGCUUAUCCCACUCGCUUUCUGCCCGGCACUGAGGAAGAAAUGCCUCACGCCAAACUGCUUGAAGAAAGAACAAGGAAUGUGGAAGCGGAUGAGGAGAAAAUUCGGCGAUACCGAUUUGAGAAAGGCUGCAAAGAAACUUGGAAGCACAUUCGAAAUCCGUAUUACAAGCCGCCGGCGCCAACGGACAAUCUGGGAAAUUGGUCCGUUUUCGAGAAGCACGAUGCCUUUAUAACGUUCAGUCGAGUCCGGAAAGGCAACAACUCUCGUUUAAUGUACAGCGCCGUGGUAGAUUUUGUGCGCUUCGAGGAGGACAUGAGCGCCACCCUGUCAUCGGGCAGCCACAACAUCCUGCCGCAGAAAUACAGCGAUUUCCUGGAAGACGGCCGCGCCGCGUCCACUAAAAUGGUGGAGAGCAUGUUCAACUUCGAUUUCCAGUCCUGUGAAGUGGUCCUCGUGAUCCAGUCGGUGCCGCCGCUGAACGUGGUCGAUCAGGCGUUUCUGGUCAGUCUAGGCGACAGUGUGACGCAGGUGACCUUUGAAGACGGCUUGACCACGGUCACGCAGGCUCUGCAAGUGGAUGGCGACAUGGUGGCGGACAGCUCAGCCUCGGAAGCGACACUGGCAGCGCCUUCGGACCACAAUGCAAGCGAUCAGGACAUGAUCGAUGCAUUAACGCCGCUGGAUGAUAUGAGCGCCACACCGGAAGAAUCCGUCACCACCACUGCGGAACUGGAAACGGAGAUCGUGGAGUCCAGUAUUCCGGUGCCACAGGGGAAGAAGCGCGGUCGGAAACCGAUGGCGGUUAUGAGAAACAUCGCGAAGAAAGUUAUAAUUGGGGAUUCAAAGAUCGGCUAGGUGCAAUGGCAUGCGUAACGGUAGUUGCGCACGGUGAUUCUUUGUACACAAUGUUCAUUUUUGGACAUAGCUUUAUAUAAGGACCGUGUGGCGUAUGCCACAUAAAACGAUAAGUCUGCUUCUCCUGAAGGACAAAUUUGUUCGACCAUCAUGUUACUUGUUAGUAAUUGCAAGUGGUGUUCGCCGAAACGAUCUGCUCUUCUUUCCUGGAUUUGGAUUCGGGUUUUCUGUGCAUUUGUUUUAGUUUUUAUACAUUAAAAUUGAGGUUUAAAGAUUUAAAUAAUACAGUUCGUUUUCAGUUGUUUUAAACCUGUUUUCUACCCUUCAACUUUAAUUCCUUAGUCGCUAGUUUACAUUUUCUUUGGAGAAUGAAAGAAAACUUAUCAAAUGGCACGAGUUCGGUUUUUUACACUUGCAAAUAUGAUUUCAUCUUGGUUACUCAUUUCUU